AUGUCAGUCAUGAAGCCCUCCUUAAUGACUGUUGCCAUCCUCCUGAUCCUGGUUCAUAGGACUCCAGGUGGCCUGUUCAGAUUAUACUAUGACAAGAGCCAAGAGUAUUGGAAUCCAUGCCAACUUUACAAAGGCAUGUGUAGAAAUAUCUGUGAAAAAUAUGAAAUUCAAUACUUAGUUUGCAGAGAUGAUCAAAAGUGCUGCCUGAAAUUUUCUUUGCAUUUAGUCAAUUCUAACCAUAAGAAAGAUUAUAAUUCCAAGUCCAACUUGUCAGUUACAAGUACUUUAAGCUCUGAAAUUUGA